AUGAAAAUAUACUUCUUUGCAAGCCUUUUAUUCCUCUCAAACGUGACGACUUUAUAUGCAUUUCCUGCAUCUGACAGCACUUGUUCAGCCUCGAAGAAAUGCAAAGUCGGCUGCUGUAGCAAGUUUGGCAGCUGUGGAUUUGGGCCUGAUUUCUGCGGACCCAAAGUAUGCGUAUCUGGCUGUGACGCAAAGGCAGAGUGUGGAAAGUAUGCACCAAAGGGGCAAGAAAAGUGUCCAUUGAAUGUAUGCUGUUCUAAAUGGGGGUUCUGUGGUACCUCCGAGGAGUUCUGUGGCAAAGGAUGUGCCAAUGGAUGCGAUAAGGUCAAAACGCCAUCAUGCGCGGGCGGCGCCUCUGCCACGAAACGCUACGUGGGAUACUUUGAAGGUUGGAAUCAUGAGCAUCCAUGCGAUACUAUCCAUCCUUCACAUAUAAACUACAAACCCUGGACGCAUCUUAACUAUGCAUUCGCUACCAUCAAUCCAGACCAUACCCUUGGUACAAUGGGCUAUUACGCCGAUGAGUUUUACCGUGCUUUUACGAAUUUGAAAACCAAGAAGCCAUCCUUAAAAUGUUUUCUGUCCGUUGGAGGAUGGGAUGCCGGUGGCAAAGUGUUUUCCGUCAUGGCAAGCUCUGCUGCUUCUCGAAAAGUUUUUAUUGACUCAGUCAUUAAAACAUUGGAAAUGUACGGGUUUGAUGGUCUUGAUAUCGACUGGGAAUAUCCCGUGGCUGACGAUCGCGGCGGCUCUAAGGCGGAUUACGAGAACUAUGUCUUGCUUUUAAGAGAGCUGAAAGAUGCUUUUGGGACAAAGUAUGGCCUCAGCAUGGCAAUCCCAGCUUCCUACUGGUAUCUCAGAGGGUUUGAUCUCAAGAACAUGGUAAAGUAUGUUGAUUGGUUCAAUGUCAUGAGCUAUGACAUUCACGGUACCUGGGAUGGCCAUAGCGAAUGGACAAAAGAAGUUAUCAACCCACAUACAAACUUGACUGAAAUAUCUGCCGGUCUAGAUUUACUAUGGCGUAAUUCUGUUCCUCCGGGAAAGGUGUUAUUGGGACUCGGCUUUUAUGGACGUUCCUUCACUCUAGGCGAUCCCAGAUGUAACAGCCCCGGCUGUUCAUUCAAAAGGACGGGAGAUGAAAAUUCCGGCGGAGCUCGUCCAGGUCGUUGUACUCUGAACAGUGGGACGCUCUCCAAUUAUGAAAUUAACAGAAUUCUCAAAGCAAAAUCACCAGAACUAGUUUACAACGAUGAGGCGGGAGUCAAUUGGAUUACCUGGGAUAGUGAUCAAUGGGUUUCCUUCGACGAUGGAAGAACACUGAAGCAAAAGGCUUCCUUUGCAAAUAACUUGUGCCUGGGAGGCACGUUUGCUUGGGCUCUAGAUCUUGGAGGUCCGGGCACCAUGAGCCGACCAGAUGAGCUUAAUGGGAACACAUUAAGCCUUGAUGGAGCUGACCUAGAAGGGGGUGAUAGCGGCUCUGGAGAUGUUUAUAUCUCCCCCGAGAUAUACAAGGUCGACAAGCCUGGAAUUGCGUGUAUACCUCCAUGUACCUUCAUCAUGCCCCGGCUAACACUUGAUGAGGUCACUACCAUUACAUUCCCCCCUUACACAACCUCCCUGGAAGUCUUAUGGUGGACAGCUCAAGCUAUAACUCUCCCUGGCGGUGCGAUCUCUAGCUCCAUUGGGUCCGUAAGGACGAUCCAGUCAACGACUAUCAGUAUUCCGCCGCUCACAACAUCUGUCCUUGAUAUGUGGCAUUGGCCGGUUACUCAAACAGAUAUAUCCUCAACAACAUACGCAGUAAUCAGCAGCAUUUUGCCGCCCCCGUUUAUGAUAACUAACAGCGUGCCCGCAGGAGCUGUAGCUCCUCCGCAGAAUACAGGAAGCGGCCAUCAAGCUGGACAACCCGAGGUACCUCACAGUGGCCAACCUAUUCGUGAUGGUAAGCAGCUUACUCAAGCCGGCGGUCAACUUACUCAAGGGACUACUCAACCUUCUCGAGGGGCCAGUCAACUAACCCAAGGGGGUGGUCAACUUACUCACGGGGGUGAUCAACCCACUCAAGGGGGCGGUCAACCAACUCAAGAUAAUAAGCAGUCUAUUAAUAACAAUGAUCAAGCUGGCAGGGGUAGUGUCCAGCUUUCUAAUAAUGGACAACCUACACAUGGCGAUAGCCGGCCUACACCAGGUCGUAGGCCCGAUACCUCUACUACCAAAGAUCUGCUCUCUCGAGAAUCAAGUGAGGCUGCCAAAAACACUUUUGACGGACAUACCACCCAACCUAACCCAAAUCCACAUAAUAACCCAACUUCCUCUCCAGGUGACAGGCAAAGCACUCCGUCAAAUACAGGCCAUGCUACCGAGCGGCCAACCACUGGAGCCCCGCCUCGGAUGUCUGAUAAAGCCACAGAUAAUCCCACAAAUGGCCACAAUUCACACCCAACAUCAAACCAGAAAUCCGAUUCCAGCACGGAUAUUGUUAUUAUCCCUUUCCCAGGUGGCAAAGUUUCCCAUAAAGGAGGGAGUUUUCCAACCCCUCCUCCGGGAUCUCGAAUGUUCACACCAAAACCAUACCCACUUAGUUCAGUUCGUGACAAUGGGAAGCUUCCAACAGUGUCGUUUACCAGUGGGCCUCCUAGCCCUACAUGUACAAAGGACUGUGGAAAGAAAUGCAAAGGGGCAUUUUGUGACUGCAAAGACAAAGACUGCACUAACCAUGGGAAAGACUUUAUUGACCCGAAUGAUCCUGACCCUCCCAAGGACAUGGAUCGUCGAAAAUGUAUUGUUCCGCAGUGCGAAGAUGGGAAUUGUAAACCGGGGAACCUUUGCAGCAACUUCGAUUGUGUUGGUCCUGACUGUCAUGAUGGAAUUUGUCUCGGCCCGAACUGUGCCAGGCUACCUUGUCUAGGGAAGAACUGUCUACCAGGGUGUAAGGGACCGGGAUGCAAAUCACCCGGAUGCAUCGGCGAAUGCAAUGACAAUGGAGAAUGUAUUCACUCUCACUGCAUGAACUUUGGCUGUACCGGCGUCGACUGCUUACCACCUUGCCUUGGAUGCCCACCUGUCUGUAAAGGUCCCCGCUGCAGGGCCUUUAAAUGCCAGGGAAAGGGAUGCAAAAACGGAUUCUGUACUGGAUCUGAAUGCAAACAGGACACUGAUGACUGCGAAAGACCAGAUACCGCGCCCAGAUGCACAGAAUCUAUCUAUAAUUUUAAACGGAGUGAAUCGGUAUUCUCCAGCACUACCAAGACUAAAUGUUCAACCGUGACGGCCUGCUCAGUGGAAGAAACCACGGUCACCAAAUCUACCACCGUUGAUAAAGAGAAAGUUCUCACUAUUAACGAACACUACCCGGUUCAUACGCUUCUGUCCAACGAGAAAUACCAAUCCAUUGCGAAUAGCAUUCAUAAAGCACAAACAAAGCGGGAUAAAUCUCGGUUUGGACCUACUUCUACCACCAAGGAGGAACCAUCUCGGACGGUGACAGUGACCCCUCCUCCAACCUUCACUACCGCACACGUCCAAGACCAGGGCGAUCUCCGUUGCGAUAAUGACGGAAACGGUGUGGCUGAUCGCAAAGAAUUAAUUCUUGGCAUAAAUUUCUUCUGCCGCAAGUAUGACAGGUACAGAUUUGCCGGUGAUGAGGUUGGAGUAUGGAAGGACAGAACGUCUCCCGCAGUUCUUGUCCGUGGGGACUGCAGCAAGGGGAAGUGCAAAUCCUACGUCACGUUCCGGAUAGGCAGAGAAAAAGAUCGCAAAGGCUGUCCGGGGGAUUUUGUUGUUAGUGGUCGUGGUGAUGUCGACGACCAGUGUGGACAGAACUUCCGACAGAUAGUGGACAGAUGUCACACGUCAGGAGAGAAUCAUAAGGGAGGAGGCUUUUUUACGACCAAGUGCGAAACGUGGCUCAUCAAUAUCCGCACGAACAGUUACCAGAAAUACAAAAAGGAACAGUGGGAAGCGACACUAAAGGUUAACCAUGCACCUCCGAAUUUGCGUGACCCACAAUGGGAUGAUUACUUUCCGGGCGUGGUCGGGGAGCCUCCUCAGGAUGAAUGA